AUGAGUGAGACCCCAUCUCAGCCUACAACUACUCCAGCCCGCCGUCGUAACGGUCGCGGCAAUGGCCGUCCUGCUGCUCAGAAGGCUUAUGCCUCCGAGAACGAUGUCGCCUCAAUUGAUCCCGCACGUUACGAUCGCGCUCCACGAACUCCUCAGAAGGGAGCUGGCACCGAUUCUCCUCAUGCGCAGCUGAGCCAUACCAAUUCGAAACAGCGACCCAGGAAUGCAAACAAUAGUAACAAUAACAACAACAACAACAAACAUCGUGGGAAGAAUGGUCCUCACUCACCCGAAUCUGCUCGGCCUGGUCGUCACACUCCACCGCAUCAAUCUUCAUCUCUGAAGUCGGUCUCUGCCUUUGCCGGAGCCACUUUCCAUGCAUCUCCUGCGCCAUCUGCCCUACCUCUUCCCAGUUUUGUCUCUCGUUCGGUAACCGAGUCGCCUAGCGUAAGCAAGACAUCUCGAAACAUCCUACAGGAACCCUCGCCGCCUACCGAUACUGAAGCGCCAACUCCUUUGCGCCAGAGUGCAUCGGAUGUCCAGGAAUCUCCGCUCGAUUUCAUGUUUCGCGCCCACCGUCAAGAGAAGGAACGUCAGCGCAGCGAAAGCACUAGCAGCUUCCGCCCUUCAGGCCUCGUCACUGAAUCACCCUCUGCCCAGUCUCCCUUUGGGCCUGGUAGUAUCCCAAAGCCAGCAACACUCCCCCAGACAGCCCGCAACCCAACACGCUUCCAGUCUGGUGGUAUCGACAGUGUUGAGCUGGACGGAACUCCAGGCCGUCCCAUGGGGCCGGCAUUUUCGACACCCUAUCAAGAGCGCAUUAAGGCUGCUCGCUCUAACUCUGCUCGAUCUCCUGCUGAUCUAUCCGCCAUCCAGCCGAAACCCAACGUUGUACCUGAAGAUCCUACUGAGGCCCUAAAGAAAUUCCUAUUUAUCGGAAACGGAACAAAUGUCUCUCAAUCUGCCCCUAAUGGAUUUGCACCUGCACCUGCACCUGCACCUGCACCCGCACCCGCUCUCCCUGCUCAACACUACAACUAUGUUAGGAGUGGCCCUAGUGUCCCGGCUUCUUGCGAUGGCCGCUCAAACAACCUCCAAGCUAUGGAAAACGAUCUUCGGCGUAUUCUCAAGCUGGACUUGAGCACUGGAUCGCCAGGAGCGGACCAGCGUUUGUUCUCAUAA